AGCGUCAUUUGAACCAGAGCGAGAGAGUGUGUCGGGUGAUUUUUGUUGCCUUUCGCAUUGGACUUUGCCGUCGGCAAAGGCGGGUGUGCUGAAGUGAGACAGGACAUCAGACAGGACGACGAGGACACUGACGAGGAGCAGGCGCGCGCGCUCUCUUAUUGAUGAAAUUUACCGUUUCGCCGUCGCCAUAUUUUCCGUGACUUUCCGCCAGGACAUCGCUGGGGCAACUUUUGCUCCUGGGGUUUUUUGUUUUUGCCUUAAUUUGCUUUGGCGCAUAAAUCAAAUAUUUACAUUCCGAAAUUGACGUCUUGAAAGCGCGGUCGCAAAAAUCCAGCCAUCGUCCUGCCAAUAGAGAUCCAUCGCGUGUGAGCCUGCCUGUUUAACCUGGAGGUGUGUGCGUGUGUGUGUAUGUUUGUGUGGGCUUUAAUACCAAAAACAAACAUUAAUUUGACCUGCAGCCGAUUAGUGAAUAAAAAAGAAAAGGAACAAGACUUGAAAGGAGCUCCGACCCCUAAAAUAUAAAGACGCUUUGAUGUUGAAGAAAUCAAUUUGCCACGAAAUUUCAUCUCAAUAUUAACUCAAGCUCAGGAGAUCAAAAAGGAUAUUAAUUGCUGUGGGUAAACAUCCAAAGUUUGGAUCCUGGCUGGCACUUUCCUCUUCCCAUUGAGUCCGCGUGGCAUGCAACCGUGUAGUCCAGCGGGAGAAGUCGCAAUGAUGCCGCCCUCGAAGAGUCCUGUCAUGGAGAGUGCCGCCUCUGACCAGAAUCCCGGCCAGGCCCCGGCAGACCAGAGCGCCAAGCGGGCAUGUCCUUUGAAGUUUUCGAUCGCCAAAAUCAUGGAGCCGGAUCACAAGCCCACUCAGGCGACAGCAGUGCCGCCUCCCCCAUCGCAGCUGCCCCCAUCCCUUGUGUUGCAGGACGACAACGAGGAUGAUGAGGAUCCAGAGAUCGAUGCCGAUUCGGAGCGAUCCUGCAGCCCCAUUGAGGUGACCAGCCUGGAGCAGUCGCCCGUGAACUACGAUUCCGCUUUCAAGAAGUACGUGCCGGCUACGUGCGGAGGCGCCACCAACUCGGCCACAGCCGUGCAGCAAUUUGUAAACACCCGCCACCAGGAGCUGCUUUCCCAGUAUCCCCUGCUGUACUACGCUCCCAACCAGCUGAUGUGUGCCGCCGCCGCCGCCCAGUACGCCGCCCUGACUGCCCAGCAGCAGUCGCUGACCCACCUGAGCAGCUUCACCGCCUCGCUGAACGCCAGUCUCCACCACUCGCAGUCGCUGCGCCGCAAUCUGGGCCAUCCUUUGGCUGCAGCAGCCGCCGCAGCGGCCGUGGCACAGUCCCAGGCGGUAGUGCCGAACAUCCAGCAGAGCCUGGAGAAGUCACCGGUGGGACAGAGGGCAUCCGGCGGAGCCAGUCAUCAGGCUAACCUGAAACGCAAGCGGUCGCCGCAGGAUCAGGGCGAGGUCACCCCACCCCCGGUAGGAGCUGCCUCAGCAGCUGGUGGCUCCAAUCGCUCCCGAUCUCGCUCCCCACGAUCCCCUUCGCCGCACGGAUCCAUAGAAGACAGCAGUCCUGGCUCGGCCAAUGGCGGCAAGCCAAAGACCUUCUCAUGCCUGGAGUGUGGGAAGGUCUUCAACGCCCACUACAAUCUGACACGCCACAUGCCGGUCCACACCGGAGCCCGGCCCUUCGUGUGCAAGGUGUGCGGCAAGGGAUUCCGGCAGGCGUCGACUCUGUGCCGGCACAAGAUCAUCCAUACGUCCGAGAAGCCCCACAAGUGCCAGACCUGCGGCAAGGCCUUCAAUCGCUCCUCCACUCUGAACACCCACGCCCGCAUCCAUGCCGGCUACAAGCCGUUCGUGUGCGAGUACUGCGGAAAGGGCUUCCACCAGAAGGGCAACUACAAGAACCACAAGCUGACCCACAGCGGCGAGAAGGCCUAUAAGUGCAGCAUCUGCAACAAGGCCUUCCACCAGAUCUACAACCUCACCUUCCACAUGCACACGCACAACGACAAAAAGCCCUACACCUGCCGUGUGUGUGCCAAGGGCUUCUGCCGUAACUUCGACCUGAAGAAGCACAUGCGGAAGCUGCACGAGAUCGGCGGUGACUUGGACCUGGAUCUGGACCUGCCGCCGUCCUAUGAGCGGAGGAGAGAGUACACCCGACGGGAACCGCUCUCCGGCUCCGGAAGCUAUCCCCACGGACAGGCUUCCGGGCAGUUAACGCCAGACUCCAGUUCUGGCAGCAUGUCACCGCCCAUAAAUGUGACCACGCCGCCGCUUUCCAGCGGAGAAACCAGCAAUCCCGCCUGGCCUCGCUCCGUGGGAGGAGUUUAUCCCACGGCGGGAGGAGCUUACCAACUGGGAGUGCCGCCACCACCGCCGCCACCGGACUACGCCACCGGCUCUGCCUUCUUGCAUCAUCAUCCAGCGCAUCAGCAGCAGCCGCAGCUGGCACAGCAGCAGCCUCCACACUUGCCGCAACAGCAGCGGCUCUCCGAGACCUUCAUAGCCAAGGUGUUUUGACAGCGCUACUAUGCCGAUAGCCUGAACAGCUCCACGACGGCCACGUCGAGUUCCAUGGCCGCCAGUACCAGUACCAGCACCAGCAAUUGCAAUUCCAGGAGCGAUCUGUUGAUCGACUGACUGCAAUUUGUGGCAGCGGCAGCCGCUGCAAGCAGCUCGCAGGACACCACCCACAGCCGCAAGGAGUCCUCAUCCCCGGAGCUGGAAUGUACAGCCCUGGGCAGUGCGGUGAGAGCCUUGAACGGUCUUUUCUAGACGACAGAGGAAGCAUAGGAAUUAAAUCCCCCGAAAGUAAAACCUCAACAGCCACUAAAUGGUUUCAAACUGUGCAAUAUCCCCACACUAUACCACCACCAGCUCAAAAACGAAUUACUGCAAAACCACAAUUAUGUAUAUAGAGAGUAGUCUUAAGUCCGGCCAAUGUGUUAUCCUUAGACGUAGAAUCUCCGAGUUCUCGAUGUGUAUAGGCUAUAGAUAAAGCGAUUUAACUAGUUAGUUCUAAUGGUUAAAUGUGUAGCCCCAGCACUGAGUGCCGUGUAUCGAAGUACACGGAUAUUCUCGAGUGCGUUUGGCAUUGUGUUUUUUAGCUUUCAACCGAAAAUACAUAAGAGGAUGUGUAUCUUAGAGUUGUACUAAAUAUCUGUACUGUAUGUAUUUGCAUAUAUGUAUCCCUAAGUGUCUGUUUAAUCGAAGAAAUCAAGCAAAAAAUUUUGACGAUCGACGAAUGCAUUGAAUUUGUUUAGUCCCUAAGUGAUAUUAUUGAUAGUGUUUAAGCAAUAAAUCAAUUCUUCAAUCAUUAAAUGUA